AUGGGCGUCGGAUUGGGCUACGCUAUCGCGGCAUAUGCAGCAUACAACUAUUCCAACCCGGAAGGCAGCAUAGGUGUUGGUAUCGAGCAUGGGCCAGGAACAACAAUAGGCGGUGGCGGAACACAAGGAGGCGCGACAGCUCAAGCAACGCCCUAUGCUGGUGCGGCUGGAGCCAACACCAUAGGCAAGCCCGCCGAUGGCAAAGUGGAAGGCGGUGCGACAGCCCAGCCAUCACCAUAUGGGGGCGCCUCCGGCACAUCAACAUCACAUGCACCCAAGACUGAUGGGACAGUCACAGCUGGCGCGACUGCCCAACCAACACCAUACGGCGGUGCAUCGGGCACCUCUGCAUCCAGUGCAUCAGCACGGAAGAAGAAGAUCAUUGCCAUCGAAGGCGACUCCGCCUUUGGCUUCAGCAUGGCAGAAGUAGAGACGAUGAUCCGCUAUCGGAUGCCCAUCCUGAUUCUCAUCAUCAACAACUCCGGUCUGUACCGCGGCGACGCGGACUCGCGGUCUGACUGGACCAAGCUGCAGGACAUGAGUGUUAAAGGCACACCUGCUGCGCCGCAGGGACUGAGUGCAACUGGGUUGGGGUUCGAGACAGAAUAUCAGAGGAUAGCCGAGCUGGGAGGAGAUGGGAAGGCGUGGGGCACUGUGGCGCGAACACCUAAGGAGUUGCAGGAAGCGGUCAGAAAGGCUUGGACGGUGGAGGAGGGGCCGGUGGUGGUUAAUGUCUUGGUUGAUACUACCAAGGACCUGGUCAUGGAUUUCUCGUGGCUCGAUAUGGCGCCGCCGGGUUCGGAGAAGGGAGGCGUCACGGGAGGCAAGAAAGAAUCGAAGCUGUAA